AUGGCGGCCAAUUUCUGGACCUCUUCUCACUACAAGCAGCUUUUUGACCAAGAAGAAGUUGAUGUGGUGCACCCACUAGACAAAGAAAAAGGCAUAACUCUUGAAGAUUUCAAGCUCAUUAAGAUGCAUAUGGCCAAUUAUAUAGGCAAAUUGGCUCAACAAGUUAAAGUGAGGCAAAGGGUUGUUGCUACUGCAGUUGCAUAUAUGAGGCGUGUCUAUACCAGAAAGAGUAUGUCGGAAUACGAUCCACGUCUUGUAGCCCCAACCUGCUUGUAUUUGGCAUCAAAAGCAGAAGAGAGCACAGUGCAAGCCAGACUUCUUCCAUUUUUCAUCAAAAAAUUAUAUUCUGAUGACAAGUAUAGAUAUGAAAUCAAAGAAAUACUUGAGAUGGAAAUGAAGAUUCUGGAAGCUCUUAACUAUUAUCUAGUGGUAUUUCAUCCUUAUCGUUCAUUGCCUCAAUUUUUGCAGGAUGCUGGCAUAAACGAUAUAACUAUGAUUCAGUUAACAUGGGGACUUGUGAACGACACCUACAGGAUGGAUUUGAUUCUUAUACAUCCCCCGCAUCUUAUUGCUUUAGCCUGCAUAUACAUUGCUAGUGCGUAUAGAGAAAAAGAUACGACAGCAUGGUUUGAAGAGCUCCGCGUAGAUAUGAAUGUGGUGAAAAAUAUUUCUAUGGAGAUAUUAGAUUUUUAUGAAAGCCAUAGAUUGAUUACAGAUGAGAAAGUUACUGCUGCUUUUAACAAACUGAAGCCCUAA